AACAUCAGAAGAGAAGAUGGUGUACGUGGCUCUGCUGUUCAUAAAAUCCGAACAGGACCUGCUGGACGCGAGCGAAAAGUACGGAUGGAAACCCGCGGAACAGCUGCUGGACCUGGACAAGAAUGUGGCACUCCGCACGCUGUCGCAGGAGCACUCCGCCACGCGCGACUCCAUCCGCGGCGUGGAGCUGCUGGCCACCUUCGUGCGGGACCUGGGCGACGUACCGCAGCACCGGCUGGCCGAUUUCGAGCGAAUCUGCGAAGUGAUAGUUCACCAAUUGCUGCACGUGCACAGGACGGUGCACGCUUUGCAGCUGUCGACGAUGUGUCUGCGCCUUUGUAAAUUUUUAGGUGACAAAGUGUCGUACAUACGAAACGUCGGCACCAUACUGUACCACGCCGACAGGCAGUAUCCGGAGAUUGACAGCAUAUCAGCGAAUGCUGUCCAGCUGUUCAGCGCUGUGCUGAUAACUAAAGGAUGCAUGGAGACCGCUCUGGUGUUUCUUUGUGAAGUCGCGAUGUAUUACGCGAAAUGCAAGCGCCGGGCGGCGGCGGCCAUCUUGUUGAGAACUGCGCAGGCGCACAUCGUGAACGCGUCGAGGUCACAUCCGGAUGUGCAGUUGGACUUGGCGCUGGGCCGGCUGAUGGAGGCGCAGGUGUUGGUGUGUCCCGAUGGAGGAUUGGCCGCCCUCACGGCGGCCAACGCGAUCCAACGACAUUAUUUAGCUACUCCCACUAUGGGCACCGUGUGGACCGCAAGGCGUCGGUACAAUCUCAUCUUAAAAUAUAGCACGUCUGUAUCAACGGAGAAAUGCGUGAAGCUAUGUAGAUACUUGAAAUUGUGGCGGCGAGCGAAGACGGCGGGUGGUGCGGGGCUCGGGGCCAGUGGGGGCAAGGGGCAGGGGGCAAUAUAUGGGGCAAUCACGCAGACCUGCUGCCCGGAAGAUGCGCAGGUGAAAAUCAACAACGCGCUGAAAACAAUACUCGACUGCACGACUGGCGCGCACGUGACCAGCGUGGAUUUGAACAGGAAGCUGGAAGCCUUUACCCCAAAGCACAACCAUGUGGAAACCAUGCGGGAUUGCAUGAUCAGAACGCAAUUGAGCCCGUCGCUCCCAUGCAUUUCCGUGCCGGCUUUCGUCAUGCCCGAGUUCCUUAAGCAUGGCGCGUGCGCAUGCUAUGCAUGCGUCAUGCCGGCAUGCGCGAUCCUCGCAUGCCAGACGGCUGGCCUAGAGGCGUCCAUGCACUUCAGGUCGAAGGAAGACGUCAUUGCCAGGAAUUAUUUCGAUGGAGCGUUGACCGCUUUCGGGCUGGCGGAGAUGAAAUUGAAAUCGAUUUUUCUGGAAAAUUUCGCGAAGAAAUUCGAGACGUACGUUGUCAGUUUGGUCCGGGACAGCUGCUUUAGGGAAUUCCGCGAGCUGGAGGUGGAGUUUCUGAUCGAAUUGGCGUUUUUUGAGCUGUCCGAGAAGAACUUCGUGAAGGCUGACGAUUGUAUUGUGAGAAUACAAGAGAUUCUAUCGGACGUCGAUAUCGACGUAUAUCUACAAAACGAGAUAUCCAAUUUGCUCGUAUCUUCGGCGCUGUUGCGGGAACAGCGUCCGGAAAUACCGAAAGAGUUGGACAUAGACCUCGAUUCGCUCAAAAUAAGCUCCAGCGCAGAGGCUAAAACGCCGGAAGGCAAAACUCUACCCGUGGACACGGUGCAGUUGGUGCAGAAGGAAGAAAUUCCGAUAAAGCGAAAGGUCGUCAUAAAACUCAAUUUGGACGACCCGGAGGAAGCGGAGCAGACAGCGGUGAAGCCGAAGUCGAAAUUCAAAAUUCCCGAACCGGUUAUAGCCAAACCCAGCCUGGAAAUAAUAACGCCUAGGCCGACUAGAUCGAGACCUAACAUAGUGGUCACGCAAGUGGAAACCCCGAAAACCGAAAAGUUUUUCACCCCCAAAUCGACGCCCAGCGAGGCGUUUUUCACCCCCCAGACCUCACACAAGACCUAUUCGAGGAAGAUCGUUAAAAAUCUAGACGCUGAGUUCCUAACGCCCAAAGAGACUCCAUCCGAUAAUAUGAAAAAGAAAGAUACGAAAAGUUUAAGAAAAAAGACGUUACUAAGAGCUACGAGCCCUGGUAAGUUGGAAGAUAAGGAGAAACCUGUAACUAGGACGAGGAGGGUUAAACAGCCUGUAUUUGAUAAAUAACAAACCAUAGAUCACAGACUGCGUUCUAUGUCACAAUGACAGCGUCAUUGUCUAUGCCCAGAUUUGGCGCGAAUUUGUUUAGAGAUUCAAAAUGCAAAUGGCUGACUUUUGGUUUGUUUUAAAAUGAUUAAAAAUCGAAAUGAAUUUAAUAUAUGAUAUAAAAACUUAUUUGAAUGGUCUAUAUUUAAUAAUAUAAAGCUAAGAUCUAAUGACUUUUUUGUUUGUUUCUUUGAACGCGCUUAUCUCAGGAAAUACUGGACCGUUUUCAAAUAUUCUUUCACGGUUAUAGGCUGCGUGUGAGGCGAAACGCCUGUUUUGUAAUAACCUCAUUUUACUAAACUAUGCAAAUAUUAUGCCAAAAAAUUACAUGUAAUUUUGUAAAUAUUUUUAGUAGGUAUACAUAUGAGAUUUUAAAUUUUGAA